UUAAUGCUGUCGUAAUUUCUUGGACAUAUUGCUGAUUGUUUGUAGAUUCAUGAGUGUAGGGCAACACUGGUACGCAAUGUCGCCUGGUGCCAACGCUCCGUAUAUUUCCGCCCCCGAACAAAUCCACGGAAAUUGAACUACAGUCAUGGCAACAGAUAUAUUAAUGUUUGUUAUUGAUUCGAGCGAUUCAUGUCAAUUUCAGAAUCAUUUAUGAUAACUUCGCAAGCAAAUGUCUUUUAAUUAAUUUAAUUCAAAUUUUAGCAAGUGCAAAGCAAGUUUUUAGUUGUCCGGUUUUCAUUUUAAAGGAAAGCAAACGCCAUCCUUUGUUCAACGUUGUUAGCAUGGAUAUAGAAAAAAUAUCUAUAUUUACAGUUGAAAAUAAUUGUUGAUAAAUUUCUAUUUAUUAAAUAAGAUUGUUAUCAAAUGAUAAGAUUGUUGGGUAGUUGAGGAUUGUGCAACGUUAUUUUUUCCUGUAUUCAUCUACACUACUAUACCUUUAUGUUGUGUGGUGUACAUUGAUGCUGUGAAAAGGAAGGCUAACAUUAAACAUGUCGACUAAUGAGGGGAAUGCACUUGCGAACGGGUUGUUGUACCCCGAGCUCAAAGGGCUUCUUCCUCCUGAAGAAGCAGCAGCCAAGAUGUCGCCCAUGUGUGUGUCGGGGAGCGGGCGGGAGCUGAGGGAUGACGCGCCCGUCUUCCAGUCCACAUCCAGACGCGGGCCUGUCCGACAGAUCAUCGCGGCGUGCAUGGCAUCUCUGAGCGCUGUGUCCUUCGGCUUCAUCGCGGGCUACUCGUCCAUGGUGCUACCGCAGCUCUCCAACGACACCUCCAUACACUAUGAUGAGGCCAGCCAUGCGCAGUGGAUUGCGUCGCUGCCAGCGAUCACGUCGAUCGCAGGCUCCCUGGUGGGGGGCGUGGUCAUGGAUAAACUGGGCCCCCGCAUGACGCUGCUGGUGAUGUCUCUGCCCUGCGUCCUGUCCUGGGGCUUCGUCGCCUUUGCCAACUCCGUCCCCAUGCUGCUUGUGGGGCGCGCCCUCACGGGGGUCUUCCUCGGAGUGUACUCCCCCGUGCCCCAGGUGAGCGCCCCUUGCGUGGGGCUCACCAACCUCCGCGGGCUGCUGGGGGCGUUCCCUGAGGUGGCGGCGGCGCUGGGCUCCAUGCUCUGCUACGUCUUCGGGAACAUGAUGGGGUGGCGGUUGCUGGCGGUGACAUCAGCACUGGUGCCUGGACUCCCGCUCUUCUUCGCCAUGCUCGCCGUGCCUGAGUCGCCGCAGUGGCUUACCAAGCGCGGCCGCCUAAACCGCGCCCAUAAAUCUGUCGCUUUUUUCCGCGGCCGCGGUUACGACGCACAGGCCGAGGUGGCGAUGAUCAGGGAGAACAUCGUCGCCAAGGACGGGGCCGAGAUCUCCAUUAUCGAGCAGUUUAAACUUUUCCGGCUGCCGCAGAACUGGAAGCCCAUCCUGGUGGUGUUCCUAGUGUUCAUGUGCGGUCAGUUCAGUGGCUUUGCUGUGGUCGUCAACUACACCGUCACCAUCUUCAAUGCAGCCAACACCGGCAUCGACUCCUAUACAUCCACCAUCAUCGUCGGCACCGUCAGGUUUGUGUCAACGCUGGUGUCAGCAGCGCUACUGGACAGGGUGGGACGACGGCCGCUGCUGAUGGUGUCAGCGGUGGGAUCGUCGGUGGGCAUGUUGGCCAUCGGCGUCUUCUUCUACGUCAAGGAAGUGCACGACGCCGCUCAGAACAUCGGGUGGCUGCCUCUAGCCUCCCUCCUGCUGUACGUGUUCUUCAACGAGCUCGGCUACGGCCCCAUCCCGUGGCUGUUGUCUGGGGAACUCAUUCCUCUUGCCGUGAGGACUUUAGGUAACGGCGUCGCCGUCACGGCCUAUUCCCUUUUCGCCUUCAUCAUAAGCCUCACAUUCCCCAUGCUGCUGAGACACUUCAGUUCAUACGCAGCGUUCUGGAUGUACGCCGCGUUCAGCCUGUCAGGAGUAAUAAUUAGUUGGUGGUUGCCCGAGACCAAAGGCAGGACGCUGGAACAAAUAGAAGAUUAUUUCAUGCCAAAGCAGCACAGGGGCAAGCCAGCGAGGAAUGUCCUCUGAGAAAAUAAUGAUCAAUUUUCAACUAAGAGUUUUGUCUAAAGAGAUUGCAGACCAAUUCAAAUGAAUAUGGCAUAGUUUUGUGGCGCCGUAACUAAAAUCGCAGUCUGAGGGUCGUAGAAAAAUCAUUGCUAAGUUUUACACUUGACGGUGGCUCAAGAGCACGUUAAACUCUGCGGCCAAUGGCGAAGAAAUGAAUAUUUUGAAAUCAAAGGCCAAUAACUUAUGCAAGAAGGUCAUCAGGUUUGGACUAAGGUAUAACCGUAAUAUUGUUGUUAAUUGCAUUAGAUAUUUUAUUAUUGCCCUAAUAGAAUUAAACUUCACUAUUUAGUCUUUUGAAGCUGAAAAUUGUAAUGGACGUUCCCAUCGCAAAUAUAUUCGAGAUGAAUUUGUGAUCGUACAGCUGCUGAGCCCUUUAACAUUGAACAAUCUUAACCUAUUCUUCCUUUAAACAAGCCUACCUAAUACAGAAUAUGGUCCUAGUUCAUUUUCAUUAUUUUGCUCAGCUCCUCGCAUUAAAAUAUACAUCUUUAUUUACGUACCAUAAAAGAGUAUAGUUAACUUAUAAGUUUUUGCGGUUUUUAAUUUUACGAGAAAGUGAGAAGCGUUUCCUUGAAGCGCAACCAGUUGACCACUAAGUAACUUUAAUUUCUUCAUCGGUGCUUUCUAUUGGUGCUUCUAGAGCGUCCGGUAUGAUACGUAUAUACGUAUCAUACCGGAUAUACGUUAUCAGCUCCAUAGUCCGAUAACGAAUAUACUUUACUAUGAUAAUGUACCGAUAACUGAUAACGAUACUAUAACGGAUCUGGUAACGGAUAUACGUUAUCAGCUCCAUAGUCCGAUAACGAAUAUACUUUACUAUGAUAAUGUACCGAUAACUGAUAACGAUACUAUAACGGAUCUGAUAACGGACAUACGUUAUCAGCUCCAUAAAACCAUAAAUUUUCCUGAGCUAAUUAGGCGCUCAGCGGCGGAUAAUUUCUUCGUUCAUGGAUAGUUUCUUCAUGAAAUGAUUUGUAUUUAUCAUAUUUUAUGUAUCGCACGUCGUGAACUUUUUAACAAAUACAAGUUUUACGGAAUAAAUGCUGUACCUGAUAAUAAAGGUGAUGAUGUCUCUAAAGGAUAUUACAGAAUUUGAUCUGCCAUCAUCAAUAUUGAACAUUGUGCAAUCUUUUAUUAGUUUUAAUUAUUUUCAUCGAUUUUACGAAACAAACAAGGAUAUUUGCUACACCUUAAACACCUAGCAACUUUUAGGAUAUUUAGGCAUAGUUAAUAAUAUCGGGAUAACAGCAUUCGGCAGCCUUCCAUUUUAAUAUUAGUUCGUAACUAGUUUUUACUAUAAGUAAACGUGACUAAGGUUGUUUUGAUACGCAAAAACAUUCUAUUUUUAUACGAUGUGAAUGAAUAAAGGGGAAUCAUUUCUAA